GCUGUCACCACAUUGCCAGUCUGAUAUCUCAUUGCCCACCAUGCCCGGCUCUCUUUCGCUUUUCUCCGUCAAUGCUGUCCUUUUGAUGUCGGCCGACGAUGGCUCUCGCAUCUUCGCCAAAUACUACUCUCCUCCUCACCCCCCGGCCGGUGCUGCUCCGAACUCGACUGACUACCCCGGAGCAAACCCCUAUCCUACCCUGAAAGAGCAGAAGGCAUUCGAGCAAGGCCUUCUUGAUAAGACCAACAAGCAGACCAGUGAUGUGAUUCUGUACGAUAACCGGAUAGUUGUCUUCAAGAUGGAGAGCGACGUUAUGCUCUACGUGGUGGGAAGUGCCGAUGAGAACGAGGUGCUACUCUACAAUGUAGUCUUGUCACUAAGAGAUGCCCUGGGAAUUCUUUUCAAGGGCGCAACCGACAAGCGCACAAUCGUCGAGAACUACGACCUGGUCGCCCUGGCCAUCGACGAGAUCAUCGACGACGGAAUCAUUUUGGAAACCGACCCUGUGCUGAUCGCCUCGCGCGUAAGCCGCGCCCCUGCCCCCGAUGCGCCGAACCUGAAGAGCAUCGAUCUGUCCGAACAAGGUCUGCUCAAUGCCUGGGAGCUUGGAAAGCGGCGUCUUGCGGAGGGAUUGCGACAGAUGUAAAUGGCGUAUCUGAUUAUUGACGUUGACGGUCUUGCCCUUCUAUUGAUGCAUUCUGAUGUGCCUUUUCCUUUCUGUCCCACUAUAUCUUUUGCUGUCUUAUCCGGCUGGUCCUGGCGUGGUAUUGUGCGCAUUGCUCAUUGUUUAAUCAUGUCCAUUUAUAACAUUAUUAUCCCCGCAUUUCUUCGCUGCGGGGGCUGAGGUACCGAUAGAGAUACUCCUUCAUGUUUUGCUGCGAGAAUACUGUACUUCUUAUCUAGUAUUGAGGGGCUACCCAUGAGCGUAUGCACCAGCAGAUGGCAA